AAGAUGAGUACACUUCGUUGUUGCAUUGUGAUACUUUUUGGAGUUCUGAUUGUUGGAGUUGAAGUGGCUGAAAACAAUAAGUCGCAGGAUGAAAGGGAUGCACAUCAUUUCAAGCCCGAUAAAGUAAAAAGUUCAGAUGAAGCUUUAAAACGGAUACGUCGUCAGAUUGGAGCUUUUGGAAUUGGCGCUGGAUUUUAUGGAGGAAGGAAUGUUGGUUCAAUUGGUAAUCCCUUUUAUGGGGCUCCAUAUGGAAAUCCCUACUUUGUGCAACCUUACGGGCACUACUUCCAUGAUCGCAGAUUUGGAGCCAACUACGGUUUCUACGGUCGCUAGACAAAUGUUGUGCUCAACGUCAGUCAAUGUCGACUUAAUAAAGUUAAACAUUAAAAUAUAUAAGAACUGU